GACGGGAAAUGCUUUGAAUACUUGUGACAUGGCUGCGCGCAUUGAUUGCCAAGAUUGACAGCGGCUCUACCCAUCGUCUUCUCUUGUCUGAGCGAGCGAGAGAGAGCGAGGGAGAUAGAGAACAGGUAGGCGAACAACAAAAGGCACUUGUAGUUUUGGACAGCUGAACUUCACAGGAGAGAGUGUGUACGGGAUCCCCUCACACAAGCCGCGUGUGAGUAGACUUAAGUUUUCGCUCAACAGAUAGCUCAGAGAUCAUUUUCCACAAAGUGCAGCCGAGUCGAGCGGUCUUCGCGCACGGGAACGGACGCACGCUUGUCUUCUCCACGGCUCGGAUCGUCAAGGUUAUUUACAUGAAUUCAAAAUCAACUGACCAGUGAUCGCUGGAAGCUGGGGAUUAAGUCUUUCAGUUUUUAACCCCACACGCUGACAUGGAGGGCUUUCUACGUAGCAGCUUUUUACUGAGCAGAGUCAUGUCUUCCAAGCAAGCCACGUCUCCUUUCGCCUCCGUGGUUGAUGGGGAUGAUGCCAUGAGUCAGGAGCACUUGUCUUGGGAGAAAGAGGAGAGUGCCGAGGCCCAUGGCACACCGCAGCUGCCCCUACACAGUCUGCUCCAUGGAAAAGCCCAUCCCGAUGAAAUGCAGCCACUCAGCAGCGUUCCGCCAGAGAGCGACUGGGACAGCCUGGUCUCAGCCCAACAGCGUAUGGAAUCUGACAGCAAUAAGGUAUGCUCCCUGUACUCCUUCCGGAACAAUUCUACUUCCCCACACAAGCCGGAGGAGGGGGCCCGGGAGCGAAGUGACCUGCUGAGCGGAUCAGCGUUUGGAACUCCAGAGCGCCGCAAAGGAAGCCUGGCAGAUGUAGUGGACACGCUGAAGCAGAAGAAGCUGGAGGAGAUGACAAAGACAGAGCAAGACGAAUCCUCAUGCAUGGAGAAACUUCUUUCUAAAGACUGGAAAGAAAAGAUGGAGAGGCUCAACACCAGCGAACUUUUGGCAGAAGUAAAAGGUACUCCAGAGAGCCUGGCAGAAAAGGAACACCAGCUCUCCACAAUGAUCACCCAGCUGAUCAGCCUGCGAGAGCAGCUUCUGGCUGCCCACGACGAACAGAAGAAGCUCGCCGCCUCACAGAUGGAGAAACAGAGGCAGCAAAUGGAGUUAGCUCGUCAGCAGCAGGAGCAGAUUGCAAGACAACAGCAGCAGCUUCUGCAGCAGCAGCACAAAAUCAACCUCCUCCAGCAGCAGAUCCAGGUCCAGGGUCACAUGCCUCCGCUCAUGAUCCCCAUUUUUCCACACGACCAACGCACUCUGGCAGCAGCCGCCGCCGCCCAGCAAGGCUUUCUCUUCCCUCCGGGAAUGUCUUAUAAGCCAGGUGAUAACUACCCAGUGCAGUUCAUUCCAUCCACAAUGGCAGCUGCAGCAGCGUCAGGACUCAGCCCCCUCCAGCUUCAGCAACUGUAUGCCGCCCAGCUUGCCAGCAUGCAGGUCUCUCCUGGAGCCAAGAUGCCUCCACUCCCCCAGCCCCUCAAUGCAAGUGGGCCCAUUUCCCCCUCCUCUCUGAAGAAUGACAAGAGUUCCUCCAGCCCCAUCACUCAAGUCAAGGAGGAAGGAACACAGCCGCUAAACCUGUCUGCUCGGCCAAAGACGACAGAACUGGUCAAAUCCCCCACAUCCCCGACACAAAACCUGUUUCCCGGCAGUAAGAACAGCCCCAACAGUCUUGUCGGCAAGGGUGGUAUUCCCAGCCCACUCGGAGGAGGCCUGGGACGGGGCUCAUCUCUGGAUAUUCUGUCCAGCCUUAACUCUACCGCACUGUUCGGGGACCAGGACACGGUGAUGAAGGCAAUCCAGGAGGCUAGGAAAAUGAGGGAGCAGAUCCAGAGGGAACAGCUUCAACAUCACCAGCAGGGCAUGGAGGCGAAGCUGUCCGCCCUCAGUUCAAUGGGCCUCAACAACUGCAGAGUUGACAAGGAGAGGACGCAUUUUGAGAGCAUUGGGCACCACCUUGGCAAGCUGGGUGAGGAAGGAAAGAUCGGCCACAGAGUUAUUGACCUCACCAGGCCAGAGGAUCUAGAUGGAGGCGCUGGAUCUACUGAGGCACGAGUCUUCAGGGAAUCUCGAGGAAGGAACAGCAACGAACCCCACAUUAAAAGGCCGAUGAACGCAUUCAUGGUGUGGGCAAAGGAUGAGCGGCGCAAGAUCCUCCAGGCCUUCCCCGACAUGCACAACUCCAACAUAAGCAAGAUUUUGGGUUCUCGGUGGAAGGCCAUGUCUAACCAGGACAAGCAGCCAUACUAUGAGGAGCAGGCCCGUCUGAGUAAGCUCCACCUAGAGAAGUACCCAAACUACAAGUACAAGCCGCGGCCUAAGAGGACCUGCAUUAUUGACGGUAAAAAACUCCGCAUUGGAGAGUACAAGCAGAUGAUGCGCUCACGGCGACAAGAGAUGAGACAGUUCUUCACUGUGGGACAGCCACCGCAGAUUCCCAUCACUACCAGUGCCAGUAUGGUCUACCCUGGGGCCAUCACCAUGGCGACCACCACACCCUCACCUCAGAUGACGUCAGAGUGCUCGAGUGCGUCAGCGAGUCCUGAGCCAUCCAUUCCUGUUAUUCAGAGCACCUACAACAUGAAGCUAGAGCCCAAUACCAUGGCAAACAACAGUGAGCCGGUCAAUGGCGAGGAUGAGAUGGACAUGUAUGAGGAUUUUGAGGAUGAGCCCAAAUCAGACUAUAGCAGUGAAAAUGACACACAAGAGCCAGUCAGCGCCAACUGAGACCUCUUUAAUUGAAGAGGCCAAUGCAGACACAGCAAUCAUACAGGAGGACACCCAGAGGGCUGGUCUGAUCUGAGGGAGGGAAAGAGCAAAAGAAAACAAAAACUACACCACAAAGGUUUAAAAAUGUUUUAAAAAAAUAACAACGAUGUAUAAUUUAAGAGCCAGCAUGCAGAUGUGGCUUCAUCAGAAUCAAAAGCUAUUUGGUCUUAAGUGUUUCUUCAAGUGUGUGAAGCAGUUUGGUUGUGGUAAUUUAGAUUUUUUUUUAUCUCAUUGUUUUGUUUUGUUUUCCAUUGAGAUCAUGGACAUUUACACAAUUAGGUUACUGCCUAGAACAAAAGACAGAACUUGAAAUUUAACAUUUGACAUAUAUAUCAAAUAUCAAUAUUUGAUAUAAGAUUUGAAUACUUACAUUAAUUUAACUUGUUUUCCUCUUCAAUUAGAUGACUUUGAUAUAUUACAUAAUUGUUCAAGAUGGGAAUGAUAUACUCACUCAGGUAUAGUGUGCCAGCCAACAGCUUGUGAAUGUUUUAAAUCAAGAGUAAAAUAUUACCAGUACAAAAUAUCUCCAAAUUCAUAUGGGGUGAUUUCAACUUAUUACAGAGGGAAAUUACACAUUAUUAUUAUUAUUAUUAUUAUUAUUAAAUAUUAUGUUUUUGUUGUGGUUGUUAUUACACAAAAUUUAGUGCAGAAGUGCCAAACAUUUCAAGUUGUUUCUAAAAUCUGUAAAGUUUUUUGAGAGAGGCUUUGUGAGUCUUAGACAAUCUCUUGAUCUCUUAAUGCAGCUUCAUUAUCCAGUCUUUCUUUAAUUUACCCUAACAGAAUAAACAAAUGUAACUCAGGAACUUGGAGGCAGCAGGAUCUGCAGGAGGUUACAGUAUGUGACAUCUUUGCUUGGUAGCUUGUGAUGCUAGCUGUUCUCCAGGGAGCCCAAUGCAGUGAUCAUCAAUUAAACCGGCCAGCUCUUUCAAUUGCUCAUCCCAGUCCACACAGAGCACUGUGGCAUCCUUCACUCAUUUCCAGCUCUGCAACCCAGUCUGACUCACCAAGUUCUUAAUCAGAGUGAUUGUAAUCAGGCCAGAAUGCUAAAGGGCCAAAGGCCUCCAAUCUGUGGGAUUGGAACAGCAGUGAAAGGCAGCUUUGGGGGCAUUACAAUCUCAAAUUGAUGUUGUACAAUGUGUAGCUACAGUAUGUUCUGUUAAACGCUUUAGCCCCAUUUGGACGGCAAGUUUAAAGUCUUAGGUCUUAGAACUUUUUUUUUUUCCAAUCUUAAUUCUGUUUAGACAUUGUAAAUCUUAAAAUGACACUAAGAAGUCUUAAAGCAGAGCAUAGUCAUCGGGUUGAUGCAAUGAGUUGAUUACUGAAGCAGUCUUAAAAGAAGUGACAGUUUUUGAGGAUAUUCCCAAAAACAGACAGCAAAGGCUAAAAUUAUAUGUUUCUUUAAUUACCUAGUCAUAUACAUAUGAUGACACAGAUUCUUGCAUGAGUGCACUUACAUAAAUUCUCUUCUGUCACCUUUGAGCCUUAUUUUGUUAUUUCCAGUAAUCUUAUCAGCUUUUGGAAUGCACUUAUCUCUUUCAUUUAAAGAAGACAACAUGCAAUGACUCAGAAACAACAAAGACAAAGUCUCUAUCCUAAUUUCAGCUAAAACGCUGACAAGCGGUGACCUUCUGGAGACUGCAGCUAGAUAAAGUUCCUCUAGCGGUCAAGGCCUUGAUGUUGGGACUCAGAUCCUCUUUACAGGGCAGAAGGUCUAAGUGGCUCCCCUCCCUGCCAUGCCCUGCUCUGACCCCUGCCUGUGGCAACCUCAGCACCCAGGGGGCGCCAUCUGGCACAGAGAAGGAGAAAACACCAGGGAGGGAUGGGAAACAAUAAAAAUGGGGUGUGUGUCAGUCAUUGUGCUUUCCAUCAAAGUGCUGGAAGUAAGGCCUCAACAGGGCUCCCACCCUGGCCCAAUCACCAGGCACUGGUGAGCAGAUGGAACAAGUACAUCAAGCUGUGGGGGAUUAUUAAAAUGACUGACGACUGGGUAUCAUCUGAAAUACAGCAUUAUUAAUGCAUGAGUCCAGCUAUUCCCCUCCGUUGCCCUUGAACCUGUCCAUUUCAGAAAUAGAGAAGAGAUUUUUGAAGGAUCUGAAUGGCUGGUCACUGUAUUCAACUGGUCAAGAUCCCCACUUGCUGGUCACUGCAUUUUUCUCCUAGCACUAAUUGGUACAGAUGGCUCUUUAUAUCUCUUUAGCACUGUUAUCUUCUGUCCUCUUAUUGUCAAUACCCAUUCAGUGUUGGCUUGCAUUGUUUCUACUUUUUGGAAGCAUUUAUAUUAAGUCUUGUAGGUUUUUUUUAACCAUCUCAUUAAUAAUUCCUUUUUUUUUUUCCACCACAUCUUUUCUACAUUGUUCUCAUUUUGAGGUACAAAAUAUUUUAAGGAUGCUCUCCUACAAACAAACCCAAGUGGAUUUCCCUCCAAGUCAACCUGUUUGGUAUUUUUAAGCUGUUUGCUCCUGUUUGCUGGUGGUUAGAUUGAUUUGUAUGUGACUGUAAAUAUUUUCAUGACCACGCCACAUUGCUUUAGUUGGCUGGUAGUUAAAAAGGACUCUUCACGGAACUGAAACUUGACUAUGGUUAUAUAGCAAAAAAAGACCAAAAAAAAGAAAAAAAGAAAGAAAAAAUGACAACAAGAACUCACGAGGAGACGAUGUUUCAUAAGUGUUACAAGCACUGGAUAUAAAUUGUAUUUUUAUCAAUUCUGAUUAAUGUGAAGCUGUUUGAGGAAAAACACCAUGAAUGAACAAAAAUUCCCCAGUUGGACUCAAGUGGGUUUGCUCUCACAGUUGCCAGAUUUGAGUCAUUUUUUUUGUCUACUUAUUUUGUUUAUUUAUGCAAAGACACAUAUGAUGAAUGAACACUUUCUUUAAGCUUCAGGGCUGCCUAGGAGAGACACUCAGCACAAGAAAGUGAGCAGAAAAUUCAACAGCAGGCUUGGUUAGCCGUGAAACACCAGACUUCAGCCUUCAGUGCAUUGUAUAUUGUAUUUGAAACUGUAGAGUAUCAACAUAUUGUAUUUAUUAUUAGCCACUGCUGGCUCUAAAAUUGUCAGUAAAACAACAACAUGGACAAUCAUAGAAAAAGAAAAAAAAAACAUGUUUGAUGAAUUGGAGCUAAAAUGGUUUUCAGUGAAUUCACCAUCUCAUUUAGAUUUUAUUGUAAAUAUAACAUAGGAAAUAUAUUUUUGUUCAUUAGUGAAGUAUAAGUUAUGUAUUUGGCUGUUCUAUUUUAUUUUCUUUUUAUGUUUUAUUUUUGUACAUGAUUUCAUGUUUUUAAAACCUGACAAGUCACUGUACCUCAUGUAGAUGCUGAAUUUUUCUGCUAAUUGGAAGAGAGCAGUUUUGAUAAUCUUCCCUGGACUAUUCAAAGAACCAAUCGAGAUAAAAAGCUAUACUCAUUAGACUUGUUAACAUAGGAGUCAUUUCAAGUAAGGUACUCAUUUAAACAACAAGCACUUGAUGUAAAAGAAUUAUUCAAUCUUUUUUUCCCAAUCAUGAUGCAAUCUAAAUGGUAUGCUGUACAUCCUCACUUGUGUUUUGUGUUAAUUACAGCACUCAUAUUAUGUGGCAAAUUUCUUAUGAGGAGCUGAUAUCAUCCUAAAAAAUCUGCAUGCACGUGGCUUGCAUUUACAUUAUAAUAAACAAAGGUGUUCUAUUUAUGAAUGACUGUAUCAAACACAAGUGAUGUUUUCAGAUUUUUUUUUUUUUGAAAGGUGGGAGCGUGCAAAUAUUUAUUUGUUUUAAUGUGGCAAAACACACCAACAUAGUGCCGUCUUUUUUAGUUAAUUCUCUCCUUGCCAUCUUUUUGUAUGUUGCUGAUUUUUAACGAACGUGUUCAUAACUAUCCAGCCAUCCGCAAAUGUAGCCCUCACAAUUGUUUUCUCUUAAUCCACUUGUUAUACAUGCAAAUGGUUUGAAUGAACAACUGAAGACAAAAGCUUGUAUGCUGUUUCAACAUUACUUACUGUAAUUAGAUUUUUUUCUGUCUGAACUUUGUGAUGUAUUUGGUGGGAAUGUUCUCUGUGUUAAUUUAAUCAGCACAAUUCACUGACAUGCUGGACUGACAUGCUAGCUGCUGUUCAGAAGUGUAAAAUUUGUUGUUCAGGGCAACAUUUAUAGUUGUCUUUGGUACUUUGCUUUUUAGAGUUGUCUCUCAAGCAACACUGUGUGUGGCUCUUCUAUCACUGGAGCCAUUGUUUUGAAAUUGCUGGCAGCCUGAUACAAUUUUCUGCGUAGAAACCUUUUUUUUUUUUUUGUUUGUUUGUUUUUUUUUGUUUGUUUUUCCUGGCAGGUACCUAGGCCCAUGGCAAGUAUUGUUUGGGUGUUAUUAGAGAAAAUGAAAUACAUAGUGUCUGUUGCUGCUUUAAAAAAAAGUUUAUGUCUGAAUAUGUAAAUAGUUUAUCAUAAUAUCUUGUACAGUCCAAUGUAAAGUUUUUAAUUCAACUUAAAAAAAAAUGUUGCCAUCACAUUUGUGUUCACAUUCUUCUUUAUACAGUACAAAAGAUCAAUUAUUUGCUAGGGGUAUUAUUGCUAAAACGAAAAGAAAAAAAAAUGAUAAUGUUACUAAAUUUUUUUAUGUUUGUUUUGUUUUGCUUGGCUUGAAAGUGUACACCAGCAAGUCUUUGGUUUCCAUGUGCAGUAUUGACGUGAGGUAAACUUAAGGUGAAUAAUUUUACAGUGGUGUGUGUGGAGAACAAUCUCCUCAGCUUUGGUAGUAUUAAUACACUAUAUCAAGUAAAAACAAACCAAUGAGUGACACAUUUGGGGGCAUCUAGGCACCACAGAAAUGUGGAUACUGUAUAUGAUUAAAUUAUCCCCACAGUAUCAAUUCAGGCAUAACAUAAUUUAAACACCAUUUUCUGUAUGUCUCGGUCCAUUGUAACAAUGCAAAAGUGGGCUGAUUUACUGCCUGUUUAAACUCAUUUACCUCAAGAAUUUCCUCCUUUUCUGUAAAAGAGACAGAAAUUGUGUUACAGAAAGCUUCUCACAUCACUCCAUCUUUUGUACUGCUGUUGACACUUACAAAUUAAAGAGACGUUUUGUUUUAAGAUUUGAGUAAUUAUUUUUAUUGCGGAGGCAUUCAUCAUAUCACUUCUACCUGUUUAGGUGUUUGCAUGCAGUGUAGGAAAACUGAGGGGUUGGAAAAGUAUAAAUCAAAUUAUACUGACUUAUUUUAGUCUAUUUUGAGAUGUU